UCGUUGUUUUUAUAUUUUUAUUUAAAUUAUCAAAGUUCGGAUUUUAAUAUUUUUAUUCAAUGUUUUGAUUGUAGGAGUUUUGAAAGUAAAUUCAUGGAAAAUGUUUAGAUCAUUCAGAAAAUUAUAUAAUAAGACUUGUUUACAACAAAUUUGUAUAUUAUCAAGAACACAAUAUAAUCAUACAUUAAUUUUAACAACUAGCCAUUUACUGAAACAACCAUCUAUAAGGUUUAAUGAUAUUCGUUUCAAAAGUAAAGGCCCCAAGAAGCAGUGUGGGAAGAGUGAAUCAGAAAGUUAUGAAGAGGAUGAUGAUUCUGAAGAAGUUUACCAGGACAAACAUACUAAAGUGAUAAAUAUUAGUGUCACAUCUCUUCGUGUUGAUGGCAUUUUAAAAAGUGGUCUGGGUAUGGCGAGAAAUAAAAUUGAAACAUUGUUUUACGAAAGUAAAAUUAGAGUAAACGGGGAAAAGAUUUUAAAGAAAAGUACAAUGGUCCGAGAAGGGGAUGAAAUUGAUCUUAUUAAAGGACCUGAUUUAAGAAAUCCAAAUUUUGUUAAUAUAGCAAGACUGGAAAUAUUGAAAAUUACACCAAAAGAAGAAACUAUUUCAGUAAGAAUGAGAAGGUGCAAAUCUCUUAGUGUAGAAUCUUACAGCUGACAAAAUGUUUAUUAAGUUUUUAUUUAUUGUAAAUAAAAAUCUAAGUUAAAUAUA